UUUACAGUAAAAAGAUAGUGAUUUAUAAACUAGAAAAUGUGUAAAUGUACGUUUUUUUCACCUAAUAAAAUUAAAAAAGGUGUACCAGAACGUUCAGAAACUUUUGAAAUUUUAAUUGGAACAAAUGGAGGUUGUUACAACUCCUUCAGCCUAUGAGUUUGCUUGUGCUGUUAUCAAUGACUCAACUCAUCCAUGUGUUACGCAUGCCAGUGUUGAAAGCGUUAUAAACAAGAGUAAUCAAAAUAAAAAAUUCAAAGGAAAAAGUAUAGAUUACAGUAAAUGGGAUAUUUUAGCUAAAAAGCUAGAGGAGGAGGAGGAACAGGAAGAGAAUAAAAAAACCAAAGAGAACAUAGAUAAACAGAAUUUCAAAGACUUUAUCGGGGGUUGCUCAAGUGAUAAAACAGUGGAACGACAAAUUUAUGAAAAACCUACAGCGGAAAAAUUGCUUGCAGCUAAAAGAUUUCGCGAAGAAGGGAACAUGGCUUUCUUAAAAAAAGAUUACACUUCAAGCGCGAUACAAUACCAGAAAGCUCUUUUACACUUUUACUAUACAUUUCCAGACACAGAAAAAGAAGAAGCUUGUUUUAAUAAAGAAAAGCUAGCUUGUCAUUUAAACCUAGCACAAUGUAAAAUUAAACUGAAGGACUGGGAAGAAGCUUUAACCCAAUGUCGUUUAGCAUUACAAAUAGACCCGGACAAUGCGAAAGGAUUUUAUCGCAGAGGACUCGCCUAUUUCUUUCUUGACGACUUUGAGAAAGCAGAAGAAGCCUUUAAAUCUGCUCUUUCGAAAAGUCCUUUCAACGUAGAAAUUUCAGUGGCUUUAAAAAAAUUACAAAUUAAACGCAAUGAAUAUACAAAAAAAGAAAAAAAAAUGAGUGCUAAAAUCAUUAAAGGACUAAAAACCAAAUGCAAUCAAGAUGUCUUGGUUAACAUAGAAACAAAAGGGUUUUCUAAGGAAAAUAUUGUUGCGAUGCGCCGAAGCGAACCAGAAGACCAUAAACAAGAAGAAGUCAUAAAGGAUCAAGAAAAAGAUGUUGACUUUCGAACAAAGUGUGACUAUGGAAGCACGACAUGUGGUGUAUACAACCAAAGCGAAAAUAUCACCAAAAAAGAAGAAAAAAAUGUUAUCCAAGAAGAAACUGGUCAUUACGAUAGUUGCAUAAAGGAAAAGCAGUUGUUUUGGAAUGCCACCUAUGAUACCAAGAGUUUUCUUCAAGAUACAAAAAAAGAUUAUCAAAAGAAAACACUGAGUGAAACCUCAGCGUUGAAUCCUGCAGAAAUCGUUUAUUCGGACUCGUUAUCUCCUAAAAAAAUUAGUGACUCGUCUUAUCCGAAAUUCUUCAAUUGGUAUCCAAUGCAUUUAUGUUCGCUCUUCACAUUGAUACCAGCGUUUGGAAUUUCAAUCUUGGGCCUUCUAUAUGUUGUGCUGUUCCCUUUAUCGCUUUUAUUGAUACAUAUAUUAAUAAAGCACUUUGGCUGAUUGUAUGACUUCGAAGUAUGAAUUUCCAAGACAUUUUACUAAACAAAUUAUUUAAAUACUUUGGGUUAAAUAUCAUUGCUUGAAAAUAAUGAAUUUUCGGUGGGGGUCAUUCUGUAUUGAUGUAUCCUGAUAAACCCGCUGCAUGUUGCCAAACUACAUUGUUGCAUUAAUAAUUCAAAAGAUUUUAGCAAUAACUGUUGUAUUCCUUACUUGA